AUGGAUGCCUUUUACAAUGUUUUGACGCCCGAACAGAAGGAGGCGGCUGCAAACAGCAAUCACAACUUUGAUCAUCCCGACGCGUUCGAUUUCGAUUUGCUGCUGGAGACCCUGAGAAAUUUGAAAGAAGGAAAGAGCGUCGAAAUUCCGCAAUAUGAUUUUGUAACCCACUCUAGGCUCCCAAAGACAACCACCCUCUACGGUGCGAAUGUCAUCAUAUUUGAGGGGAUUUUUGCUUUAUAUGAUAAAAGAAUUGUAGAUCUGAUGGAUAUAAAGCAAUAUCAGAAAUUUGUCAAACCGUCUUUCGAGGAGUUCAUAAAACCUACCAUGAAAAACGCCGACGUGAUUAUUCCACGUGGUCUCGAAAAUUUGGUGGCCAUAGACUUAAUUACCAAGCACAUUCAGGGUCAACUUCAAGAGCUCCGUUUUAAUUUUCGAUGGGAUUUGACGAAAAUUGAAUGUGGAAAAGAGUUGCCCAAGAAUGUUAUAAUCCUUGAACAGAAACCUCAAUUAAGAGGAAUACAAACGAUCAUUCGCGAUCGAAAUACGCAGCGCGAUGAUUUCAUAUUCUACGCCGAACGCCUUGCAACUUUGGUUGUCGAACGGGGCCUGGCUGAGCUGGCCUUUGAUGAACACCGAAUCACAACGCCGCUCAAUUUACCUUAUGUAGGCAAGAAAUUCGACGGUCAGCUCUGCGCCGUCUCUGUGGUCCGUGCCGGUGGCACGAUGGAGACCGGAUUUAGAAGGGCCGUUAAAGAUGCCACGAUCGGUAAAAUCCUGAUUCAAACGAACCCGAAGACCGGUGAACCAUCAACCGCGGCUGCAGUUGCCGCGCAAUCAGGUGUUGUGAAGAAAAAUUUGUUGCAUGCCAUCAUCGAAGGGCCUAAUUCAAGCGAUGUGGCAAAAUAUGAUGGUUAUGCUAGCUGUCCUUUAGUAGUUGGUCAAGAUAAAGUAGUCUUGGCCGAGUUCAGUGGGUACACUACAAAGCCAAUGGAAACUUUUCCAUUUGAUCAAGGAAAAGAAUCAUCCUCCAUGUACUUCCUCACCAAAGAAAUUUUGCCGGAAAUUUAUUGGAACCGCCUGUUGAAGGGGACCUGGGAAGGUCCACAUCAGUUCAGAAA